AAAAGACAGCAGGCGACCGAAAUACGGCAAAUGAAUAAGAUAUGGAUGAUUUUAAACAUUUAAAUGUACUUAAUAAAGGUUUGGUUGUGUGUAAUCUCGCGUCGCCUCGCGGGAUCUCGCUGUUUCUCGUCCAGGUCACGUGACCCAGAGAGACGUUUAUUUUUUCCCACCACAAUGGCGCCAAGCCGUAUAUGUACAUUUAUACGUAAUUUUAGUCUCUUGUGCGGCGGUUUUACGGUUGUUGGGCAGUGUUUUAGGGUGUAGAGAGAUGCCGUGCGUGCUGCCCCGCGGGAGAAGUGACCACCAGAAUCCCCUGUAGUGGACUGUAUGAAAUUAUGACAAGGUAAAGAUGUCGACGCGCAUUAAGAGACAGCUGAGCAAGGCUGGGGGCUCAUCUGAAGGGGGAGGGAGUGCCCCAUCUGCUGCUGCUCGAAAAAAGCGCCGUAUUGACAAUUCUGGGUCAGAUGAUGAAGAGCGAUCUGUUUGGACACCCAAACAUCUGGGUGACUUGCGGGCAUACAACCGAUCCGCUUCAGAGGCCCCUGCUGAGCUGUUCCGAAAGGACCUGAUCUCAGCUAUGAAACUAGCGGAUAAUGAACCACUGAGUUCAGAAGAUUAUUGGGGCAUUGGUGAUCCGUGGAAGCAGGAAUGGGAGCGAGGCGUCCAGGUCCCCGUCAACCCCGAUUCCCUACCUGAGUCUACCGUCACUGUUACUGUACAAAGACAACACCGGGAUCGUGAAGCCAACUUUAGGCUUACCAAGGACAAGUUUAUCCGUGUAAACCAUGAUGACUUCUUUAGCAAUGAGCAGCAUAUCCUCAGCAACCUACCAACUAAGGCGGAGAAGAUGUGCCGCUAUGACAUGGAUGACCUAGAUGACAAAUGGCUCAAUGCUUAUAAUGGAGAACGAGCAAGAAUGGGUGCAGCACCAGUUCCUUCACUGAUAUUUGAAAUGAUUAUCGAACAUCUUGAGGAGACGUGCUGGGAAAACAUCCACAAGUUGCUCAAAACAGAGGAGUCUCUCUCCAUCGAGUUUGAUGAGGAUGUUAUCUGUGAUGUCUGUAGAUCGAAAUGGAGUGAAUCAUCCAUGGCUCAGCCCCUCAUCUCACCCCUGUGUACCCUCGACUUAAAUACACCUGAUAGUGAGGAAGGGAAUGAGAUGGUGUUUUGCGACUCCUGCAACAUAUGCGUUCACCAAGCGUGCUAUGGAAUCACAGCCAUUCCCUCAGGUUCCUGGCUCUGUCGCACUUGCUCACUAGGCAUCAAACCUGAUUGUGUCCUCUGUCCCAACAAGGGAGGUGCCAUGAAGUCCACAAAAUCUGGACAGAAAUGGGCUCAUGUGGCAUGUGCUCUUUGGAUUCCUGAAGUGUCAAUUGGUUCAGUUGAGAGAAUGGAACCCAUCACCAAGAUCCCAAACAUACCAGUAAGUUGUAUUUUCUUUUGGUGGAAAAAAGUGUCAUAUUGUGAGAAGCACAGUGUGUCCAGCAAGAAGCUUGGAGGUGAAGAAGCUGAAAGUGAGGAAGGUGAAGAGGGUGCCCCUAAGAAGAAGAAAGAUUGGACCUCAGAGCAGAAGAACCAGGCACGUGCUGCUAAACUACGGCAGAUCGAGUCAGAGUUCUUCAAGCAUGUUGAUGUCUUAGAAACAUCAAACUUCCUAGAUAUUGAUUUUGAGACCACAGAAACUAUAUUUAAUUAUUGGAAGCUUAAAAGACGGUCGAGUUUCAACAAGCCUCUGUUGACACCACGUAGUGAAGAGAUCGAUCUUCUGUCUCACCAGCAAGAGCAUGACAUUGAACGCAUGAAGAUGUUUGUGCAGUUGCGCCAGUACCUGGAGAGGGUUCGAAAUCUGUGUUACAUGGUGAAUCGUCGAGAAAGAUUGUCAAGAUCAUUCAUCAAAAUCCGUGAGCAGACGUUCUCCAAACAAGUGUCCCUCCUAAGUAGUAAUAAUAUGACCUUAACGCCUCAGGAAAUAGAAGCAGUGAUGCAAGCCAAUCAUGGCCACUCUGUGUAUGAUCAGCUGUAUUCUCACCACACAGCCCCAAAACACACCCAGAAGCAGUUUGAGAAGAUUGUUGCAUGCAUUGCUGGCACUCUAAUUGAGAAGGUCAAGAGCAAAAAGCCUCCUCGAAAGAAAGAUGUCAAUGGUCUUAUCAGACCUAAGAAGGAAAAAUCAGAUAAUCCAUAUAAAAAGUUGUAUGUUAAUGGUGCUGAACAGCGUCGUUCUCGUUCUAGUUCUCUUUGUAGUACUAGUGACACGGAUUCUUCUCUGGCAUCACCCAAGUGGAUCCUCUCUCCCAAGGGUAAUCCUCAUUCUUCUGUUUACACCAGCAGCGAAGAGGAAAUGAAUAAGGAGAAUCACUCCAUCAAGCUAGAGUCAGUAUCAAGUAAGAGCAAGCUUUCAUUCUUAGAGAGCAGCGAAAAGGAGAAACCUGUGAUGGAAAGUGGGUGUGUGUCAUCUAGAGGAAGAGUUGGAAGAAGAAGAAGAGGGAAUGGCCGAGCUAAUGCCAUUAAAAGUAAAUCCUUCAGGGAGCGCACCGCUGCAUCCAGUGAUGACAAAGAUACUAAAGAUUUUGAUGCCCUAAUAUCAGAAAAAAACAUAAAAAGUGAAACAAAUGCAUCAUCCUCUAAAACAAUUAGGGAGCAUCCUUCUGUAGAAACUUCUGAGGAUGAGAUAGAAACUGUGAGUAAACCGAAACCACAACCUGGUAAAAGAAGAAAUAAGAAAAAAGCACCUCCCAAGGUUGAUGUUAGUGUGAGCAGUGAGGAUGAGCCUUCAGUUACAGUUACUCCUUGUAAAGAGAAAAAAUCCAAUCGCAAAGGGAAGUGGGGAAAAAGUGCGGUGGGAAUCGAGUCGACAAGUGCGAGUUCUCCGGUUUGUGAGCCUCCUAAGUUGGAGUUAAGUGAUGAUGAUGAGUUGGGUCCUCCUACAUACAAACUGUCCAGUGAUGAGGACAACAGUGAAAAGAGUAAUGAUCCAACAGCUGUUAUUGCUGAUGUUUUUGGUGUUAGUGACCGGACAGACAGUAGUUCUGAUAAUGGUCGCAAUAAGGCUUUAAGUAAAGGACCAAAGAAACGUGAUAAGAAAAGUGAAACUAUUUUUAGUGAAAGUGAUGUGAAUAGUGAUGAUGAAAAUAAGGAAAGUACCAUAGAUUCUCAAAAUCAUGCAACAUUGAAAACUAAGGCAGCUAAGAAAGAGUUUACUCCAAAGAUUGAAGCAAAGGCUGAGAGAAUGAACAAAAAGAAAAGUGAUAAGGGUGGCAGAACAGUGAAGAAAAUUGCUAGUGUAGAAAAGAGUAAAAGUGAACCAAAACCAGCUGAUGAAGCCGAUGCGGAGCUCGCCAGCACAAAGGGAAGCGAAGUGGAAGCUACACCUGGACAUCUAUUUGUACCACAAAGAAAAGCAGCAAAGAAGGCAUCAGAGCUCAUCACUAGUCAGAACACGACAAGUACAUCUGCCACCCCUGCUGUGGCUGUGGUUGCACCCACACCUGCAGAAACCACAGUAGCUGAAGCAAAGAAGGUUGGUGCAAAACAAGUUAAAGAGGUGAAAGAAGAAGCUGAAGAUCCUGAGAUCAUUGAAGAGAGAAAGGUGGCUGAAGAAAAGAAAGUAACACCAACUAAAGGAAGAAAAGGAAAAGUUACUAAGGAUAAAAAUGAUAGAACAGUUGAUGAAGUUAAAACUGAGGCAGGUGAAGCUCCUAAAAAGACCCUAUUUGAGCCUCCAGAAAUUUUACCAUAUGUGCCGAUGCGGCAGGCAGCUAAGAAAGCUGCAGAGAACCUCAAAGUUGGCAACAGUAAAGGUACUGCAGUCAGUACUUGUGCUGAAGAACCGGAGGUGGUACCUGCUCCUGUCAUACCGCCAGCAAAAACAAAAAGAAUCUCACGCCAAGAAAGUAAAUUAAGUGUACGAUCAAAAUCAAAGUCACCUCGGGCAGCAAAACACCUUUCACCUGCUAAUGUUACGGACUCAGAAUCAGAAAGUGAACCAGAGAGCUCAUCAACAACAAAGAAAGUACCAAAAGAUCAGAAGGAUGUACAAAAGCCAUCGAAGUCCAUAUUUUCAGAUAGUGAAGAGGAAUCAGUGGCUUUAAUCAGAAAAGAGAAGCUCAUGAAGGAGAAGCCAGACCCAGUACCCGAGGCUCCGAAAGAAACUUCAAAUGCUGAGCCGUUUUUUCGUGGGGAUGUAUUUGUCCGAGAAUAUCAGAGCUCAUCAGAUGAGAAUGAAGGUGAAAGACCCUCCACUCCAGGAAAGAAAGCACAUCUCUCUCCAACCCUUAAAUUGGGUGAUGAAUGCCAAGAGUCCUCAAAAAGUCAGCCCUUUCAUGGUUCAUCAAAUAUCUCAGGUGACCUACGGGUCACCUCUGACAGUGAUGAGAGAGAGGAUGAAAACCAGGAACCGGCAGUUGGAACCCUUAGGAAGGCCCCUGAUAAGAAGCUUAAAACUUCCGAAGGGCGGCCUGAACAUGGGUUUCAGCCGCCGAUUACUGAGAGAAGUGAAUCCCGAGUGUCCAUCGAGACAGAAGAUGACAGUGCCAAACCAGCUGUCAGAAGAGAGACUGGACUGGAGCCAAGAUUGCGUCAAAGUGGGGCUCAGUGCAGACCGAGAACUCCUUCUGGUGAUGUCCCCAUGCAAGACAUCAGAAGUAACUCUCAUGCACCACUCGGAGGACCAAGAAGAGGAAGAGAGAGAGAACCGCCUUCACUCCCCCACAGCCUUGGUGCCAGUCCCAGCAAACCCUCUGGAAAGCGAGAGGUACAGCCUGAGGAAUCACUCAAAUCCGGCAAGAAGGUCACAGAGGGAGGCAUUGAAGAGAAGUCAACCUCAACCAAAGUCAUCACCGCCUCCGAAAAGAAAGAAACAGUGAAAGAGAUAGAGGCAGUAUGGGAAAAGAAAGAGCUAUUAAGAGAAAAGAAAGAAUCUCUAAGAGAAGAAGAAGUGCCUAAAGACAAAGGUUCCCCUUCAAGAGAAACAGAAGUUGUACAUAAAAAUAAGGAUGUAAUAGAAAGAGAAAAUGAAGUGGCACCAGUUUUAAAGCCCACAACACUAAGAGAAAUUGAUUCUUCAGAAAGUAAUGAUAUCAUAAUUGAAAAAGAAGUACAAAGGGAAAGGGGUAUACAUUCUAGAGAAAAAAUCCUUUCACCUAGGGAAAAGGUAUUGGGCUCAAAGGAGAGAGUUUUGACUAGAGAAAAGGUCUUACCUGCAAGGGAAAAGGUCUUACCCACAAGAGAAAAAGUCUUAUCUUCAAGAGAAAAAAUCUUACCCUCAAGAGAAAAGAUUUUGCCUUCUAGAGAAAAGUCUUUACCACCCAAAGAGCUGUUACCUCCCAAAGAAAAAGUUUUACCAUCAAGAGAGAAAGUCUUGCCACCUAGAGAAAAUGUUUUAUUAUUAAGAGAUACAAAAGAUGUCUCAAGAGACAAGGUCUUACACAAGGAUAAAGAAACAUUACCAACAGAAAGAAGGGAAAUUAUAAGAGAAAAAGAGUUGCCAAAGGAAAAAGAGGUCAUGAGAGUUCUGGAUAUUUCAGAAGAUUCAUUAGAGUCCCAGAGAGAGCAGUCGCAUCCAUUGAUACAAAAACUAGAUACUGUUAUCGAGAGUGAGCAAACAACAGAAAAAGAUAACAUAGACAAAGUGGAAGAAAUUAUCCCCCAAAAAGUGGAAGUAGUCAAAGAAUCAGAACCACUAAGAAUAGAAUCCAAAAAUGAAGAGUUUUCAGUAAGAGAGGAGGAGCCAGUGAGAACUGUUGCACAGGCACCAGCUGAACCAGAGGUUCCUGUUAGAGAAAAGGAUUCUGCCAUAGAACAGUUAAACAUUCCUGUAGCUGCAGAACAACAGAAGAAACCUGGUGUGUUUGGAUAUGUUGAUGAGGAAGUGAAAGUUGAAAGAUUAGCAGAUAUUGUUGAAACGUCUGAUACAGAGCCUGAAAAUAAAAGAGUUCGCAUUGGUGACAGUGAUGAAGACACUGUUCUUGUGACUGUAGAAAAGAGAGUAGAACAGCCCAAGGACAGUGGAUAUAAGAGUGCAAUAACUACACCUGAACCUUUAGAUAGAGUUCAACCUGUUUGUAGUGAAGUGGUGAAUGUAAAUAGUGUAAAUAAUUUUAUGCCAGAAGAAUCAUGUUUAGAAACAAUUGAUGCAAAUAACAAAACCCCGGUGGUUGUACCAAGUCCAGUGGAGUUCAAACAAUCUGUUAAUAAAUUUGUAUCUCCAGCCAGAAGAAAGAACUUGGAAGAUGUCAUAGGGGAAAUGAAAAGACAAGCUGAAGCACAACCAGAGCCCAGUAAUUCUGUACCCUCUUCUGAAGGUCAGAAUGAGCUCAGUGCUUCUCCACCACACAGUCAGCCUAAUUCAUCUAGUUUUUCUGUUCCUCCACCAGAAUCUUCUGUUCCUUCUUCUCAGGCAUCUUCUGUAGAAACCUUAACUCCUAAAAGUUCAACUUCUCCAGCUGCUAAUUUUGUAGAACAGUGGAGAGGUCAGUGGGUGAAAAGUCCUCCUCCACCAGACCACAAAGGGGAUCCUAGCAGUGGCUCUCACCUUCCCCCUCACUUGCCAAUGCCAAGCCUUGAUCUUGGCCUCACACCAUCUAUGUCAAUGCUAGAAUUACAACGAGCUCUUUACCCAGAUACCCAGCAUCAGCUAUUUAACCCUUAUGACAUUUUAAAUGCUCGUUCCAUGCUGCAGUCAGAAGCCAUUCUUUCUUCCCGGUUACGUCAGAUGGUAGAGGCUGGCAUUCCUCCACAGUUAUUUAAUCCAACUUUAUAUUUACGGCAACACAGUGCUUCAGAAAUUGCAGCUCUAAGCCAGCAGCAGUAUGCACAGCCCUCUCGAGAAAAUCAGAUUCCAGAUAAACCUAAUGUAUGUUCUGCUCAGGAAUUGGCCAGAUUACCCAAUCUCGAUAACCGGCCACCAACUCCAGAAAUUCUUCCAACUAACAAUAAGACGAAUAACUUGCAAGCAGCCUCGGGUAACAAGGUUGGGAAACCUUUAACUUCUCCAGGAUUAUCUUGCAUAAUGGCUGCUCCACCACUACCAUCUCCACCAACUACUGGGAAUAAAGUUGUCCCAGGUCUUACCUCACCCACCACCAGUAGAGGGCAGCAGCUAACAGCAGCCAGAGAAGAGCCCCCAUCUCCAGUAUUACCACACAACAAAUCUGCACAACCACAACUUUCUCCGUCGAGUAUAUAUAACAAAAGCGACACUACUGUUUCAUUGGCAUCACAGCCACAACAGACAAGUGUACCCCUACCAGAGAUAUCUCCUGCCGAUCAUUCAGUAUUAAUGUUGAGAGCAAACAGAGUGCCAGUAGAGUCACAAGUCUCUCCCCAGUCCAGUAAAGCCUCUCAGGUGGCUGUGUCAGCUAGUGUAUCAUCUGGCGACAUUGUCAGUGGAGGCAAUAAGUGCCCCAGACCGCUGGUGUCUCCUAAUGCAAACUCUGUUCUCACAACAAAGAAGAAUGUGGUGCCACCUGUAUCAAAUUCUGUAAUGACUAUAGCGAAGUCAGCCACAACUACAACUAGUCUAAGCUUAUUAAACAAAUCUCCUCUCCCAGUGGUGAUGAGUCCCACCAGUCAAAGGGACCCAUCACCUCCGCAUACAAUCGUAGAAGUACCUGAUUCAAAAAUUGAAACCAUUACCGUGGAUGAUAGUGUUAUUCAUCAGAAAGAAGAGCCUACUCAGAAACGUGUACCAAUUUAUAUGCAAGAGCCAAAACCCCAGAAAAUUUUGGAGAAAAAAUCUAGAUCUCGAAAAUUGUCUCCACGGUGGAACAAGGAGAGUCCAAAAACCAGAGAAAAGAAAUCAACCAAGCUCAACAGAGCAUCCUACAAUAAAGGCCGUGGUAGGAAUGCAGGUAAAGGAAAAGGAAGAGGCCACAGUCCAAGGUUCAAUCCUAUUUCUGUUCCUAAAGAGCUUGUGGGAACAGUGUAUGACUUUGAUAUAGACAACGAAUUUGAUGAUGAUGGUCCAGCCAACAACACCUUGGAUGACCUUCGAAAAUCUCGUGAGAAGCGUCAGUCUGUGGACACCACCCCACAACAGCAGUCUUCUACACCAACAAGCAUUGUUGAGCACAAGGAACAAUCUCCCAAAAAAUCCAGUAAAAAGUCUAAAUCAUCAUAUAAGGAUAAGGGGGCUGUUAAAUUAAACAGUGAUGAUGACAAAGUUGCCAAAAUACUUGAAGAUUAUAGAAAUAUGCAGAACUCUCAAUUACGAAGAAGUGUCCACUCUCCCACACCACCCCAAGGAGAAACGAUACCAGAUGGGCCACCAAAAACACCAGAUAGAUUAGAGAAUUUACCACAGUUUUGUGCUGAAUAUACAGCAAACACUGAAACGAAAAUCACAAUAUCAAAUAUUAGUGAAGCAAGAGAAUCUAUUCAGAGUUCAGAUCUGACAGUCAUUCAAAAGGCUGCUGGAGAUCACAGUAAAGUGUCCCUUACUGUUCCUACUUCACAAAUUGGUAUAGAUGAGAGAACCAAUCAACUGAAGCUCAAGAUUAAAGGUCCCUAUGCUAACUCAUACUCAAAUAGUAACACAGCAGCUCCACCACAGGAGGUUGUUGGUGCCCCAACACCAACCUCUACAACCUCAACCUUGCGGCGAAUGAGGAAGAAGGAGCUUAUCCGGCAGUAUUGCUAUCAAGAUCAAAUGCCAGCAGAGCCACCAGACUCUGGGCCUAUAAACAGUACUCCAAACCCACCACCACAUGUAAGAACUGGAAUAACUAUUCCCAAAGCUGUAGCUUCCAUGACAUCUAUACCAACACGAGAAGAUUACAAGAUGUACACUCAAGAUGACCCGCCUAGUACUGCAGCAGGGGGAGGUAGACGGAAAAGACCGCCCAGAGAACUUAGACAUUUAAAUGUGUGGGCCAUAAGGGAAGAAUCAGGUAAACGUAACUCAGAAACAACAGAAGUUGGAGACACCAGCAGAAAGAGACCAAGAGGUGCCAAAGAGUCCAAAAAUCUGGAGGAGAAAGAUGUGUCUAGUGCCAAACCUCCACCGAAGUUAAGAAUAAGUUUAGGCAAGAAAGGCAGUGAGGUCACUACAGUUACUUCUGAUACUAAAGAACUGGCUGGGAAACAGCGGCCACCUAAGAAACGACUUGCUGAAGAAAACCCUAUGGUUAAAAUUAAGAGUGAUAACAUGAAAUUUCGUGAACAAAUUAUGGCUGACUUCGAUAAACCAGUUAAGAAGGGUGGGCUGAAGAGCUCAGACAGAGAAAAAAGGGCAAAAAAGCGCAAGGUUUAUUCUGGGGAAAUUGGUCACAGUACUUGCGCAGAGAGUAAGGAACUUGACUCUUCUGAAAAGCAUGACAUUAAAGUUAUAACUGGGGAUAGCACAAAUGCUCCAAAAUUAGUGAUAAGAUUUGGGAAAGGUAAAAGUGUUAACUCGAGUAGUGUUAAAAGUGCUAGGAGUGAAACAAAUGAUUCGGGGAGUUAUAAAGACGAGAGGUCAGAGCCAGAUACUGUUAUGCCUCUCUCCUUGAAAAUUCGGCUUUCUGUGCCAAAGCCAGAUUCUGAUUCAAAUAAAGAAGAAUCUUGUGUUCCUAAAGUGCCCCUCAAACUAAAGUUAUCUAGACGCUCGGAUGGCUAUGUUGCUUCAAAUACCCCCAGAAAGCCUGUGCCUGAAGUGCAGGACCAGGGGCCAGGUCCUCCUCCUCCUAAACCUCCUGACCCUUUCCCAGAGCCCCAAUCAGAAAAAAAUAUACCUAACACCACCCCUCCGUCACCACCACCACCAAUCAAUCCUUUAAUAGCAAGUGGGUCUCAGGCAGAGUCUCGUUUGUCACAGCAAGAAAACCCUAAACCGCUUAUUCCGCCGUCGUACGAUAUAUACCCUCAUCAGGGGGACACACCUACCUGUAACGCACCAGAACAACUAAAUAUGGGCCCAUUAGAUUAUGUACUUGGGGGUCUGGGUCCACCACCAAGAUCUGAUGCACCCGAAGAAAUUUUUCAAAGAUUAGAGGCUCAAAUAGCAGCUGCAAGCAGAAGUAUUCCAGAAAGUGGGGUCCAGGUUGACACCUUGGGGUCUCCUCGGCAGCAAUCUGGACCACCUUUACCAGACGUCCCCUCAAUACAUCACACGUUAUACCCGUACAAGGAAGGCUCUGACUGCAGAUGAUAAUUGCUUCUCUUUCAUAGUAAUAACUUUAAUAUUUACAAUAAUGUAACAAACUACCAUAAUUAUGUACAAAUGUAGAUACCGUUGGUGUUGCUCACUCGAUGCACUAUGUUAGUUACGCAAGGAUUUAAUCACUUGCAUCUCAUGGGCUGAUUGCAGCCACAAUUUUUUUUUUUUUUUUUUUUUUUUUUUAUUAAUGUAAUGUUCUGCACUGUCAUUGGUUAGGGAAAAAUACUCGCUCCCCAGAAGGGAUUCUACAAGGGUACAGCUACACUGUUGGCAAUGAUUGUUAAUGUGAUGGGUGAGUCAGGAGGGAGCACCUCUGGUCUUCCCUCCCCCUAAAGCCAUGUUAAAAUAAUUGUUCACAUUGCAGGUCCCACAAGGCCCCUGCUACCAGAUGUGGUUCCCUUGGCUCACCUCCACCCUCAGUAGGCUACUUUAGCCUAAUGUCUUGUUUCCUUGCCUGUUUUUACUGUCACUUUUGUAUGGACUGGGAGGGUGGUUGUUGUUGAGCAUAGCAGUGUAGUGGGCACGGCGCCCCUGGCCGGACCCCUGGACCCCUGACCAUGGGGCCCUGGGCGCCGGACCCGUUGUCCCGGGGAGGACUUGUGUUCCCAUAUUUUGAUAUCUUUUUUACCAUUGUAAAUAGAAAGAAUGUACAAAUUACUGUAUUUGCUUUUUGUAAUUUUAUUACUUUUGUACAGUUUUUAGUUCUGAUUGCUCAUCAGACAUAACUUAUGUUUUAUCAAAAGUUGGAAUUAUUUAUUUUUUGACUUCUCUAAGUGUCACAAAUUUCCAUGCCAUUACUGUCAUUUAAUAUAUAAAUUUCUUAGCUUUUUAAUUCUUCACUUUGUUGUAAGGACAAGUUGUUUCUGUGAAGACUGAGUUGUUUAUCUACUAGAAGGCAGAAGAUUGUAAUAUAUUUCUUGAUUCCUCAACAGAGAAAUAGUCUUGUAAAUCUUAGUGUCAUGUGAUACAUUAAUAUUAUUGAAAUAUAAAUUUUUUAUGUUAUAUAGUA